AUGGGCGGGUUUUACAUGCAAUAUUUGGAGAGUCUUUGCCGUCGCCGUGGGUGGACAGACCCAGCCUACGAGUGCUACCGAGAUACCAGUGGCUACACAUGCCUGGUCCUGGUCAAUGGUCGUGAGUACCAGACGGACCUUGCCUACGAAUCGGAUGUCCUAGCUCAGGAGAACGCCGCAAUGCGUGCCUUCAUGGUCUGUAGGAACUUCUCCGUGAACGGUGGGAUGUUGGCCCGUAACGGUAUUGUCCAAGGGCUGCCAGCAACCUCCGAUUCUGGUCGACGUCGGAAGAGCCGUCACACUUCUUCCCGAGAUGGCAGCGAGCGUCACGGCCGGCGAUCUGGAAACCACUCCAGCAGCUCAUCCACCGCUUCCUUCGAGUAG